UUCUCCGGUUGGUGGGCGGGUUCUACGCCAGGAAUCUCUUCACCCAACCCUAUCUCCUCGUUUGAUCCUUUCCCACGCUCCACUUUUCCCUCUUCGACCCCCUUUCGUCUUUUAAUCCUGGAGGUAGGUUGUCCUUGUACUCAACGGGCAGUAGUUUUUUACUUUACAAUUUUAAAGCACCCCUCUUUCUUUCCCCCAUGACUCUCCCCCUAUCUAUAUCCACCAAAAGCCCCAGAACAAUCAAAAGAAAGUACACGAAAAGAGAAGGAAAGCCCGCAGAAGCCAAAAUAGAAUCGAACCUUGGGUUGAGGGGUUGGAGAGGGGGGCGGUCCGGUCCUCGUAUCCUUUGUAGCGUGACAACAAUUCAACCCCUCACAUGCGUCUGAUGCCCUCCUCCUCCACCAAAUCUCCCAUGUGGUCGCCGUGAAGCCGGUGUCCAUCUCGAGAAGAAGAAGGAAAAAAAAAAAAAAAAGCGUAAGGGCGUCCUCCGUCUGACCUGUAUUGUAAUUCAAACAAAGCGAUUGCGGUCGUCGUUUCGUUUCCUCCGUUGAUCUGAUUGAAGGACGAGGGGGGAAAUUGCGGGAUCCAAUCCUGUCGCGGGAUUGUUCUUUUCCUCCUCUCUUACGGUGGUCGAUUGCCGAUCUGGGUGCUUUUUCGAUCUCGGUCUCCCUCGAUCCGACAUAUUUUUCUUGGAUUUGCUAUUAAGCCAAAAUUAGCCGUGGCCAUGUUCAGAUAACUUCACAUAUUAUGGGUUGGCUGAACAAAAUUUUUAAAGGUUCCAGCCAUAAAGUUUCAGAGGGACAAUAUAAUGGAAAACCUGGGGAUGAUAGUUUUUGGAAUGAACCAUCUAGUUCAUUGGAUGCCCUCUCAGAGUAUGAAAAUGAAGAUAUAGAUCGUGCUAUUGCACUUUCUUUAUCAGAAGAAGAACAAAAAAGGGCAAAGGCAAUUGAAAAUGAAUCACACUUGGAGGAGGAUGAACAACUUGCAAGAGCUUUACAGGAAAGUUUAAAUGUUGAAUCUCCUCCUCGUGAAAAUGGCCAUAAUUAUCAUCCACUGCCUUUUGUCUUUUCUUCAGGGUUCAGAAUAUGUGCCGGUUGCAAUACUGAGAUUGGUCAUGGGCGUUUUCUUAGUUGUAUGGGAGCUGUUUGGCACCCAGAGUGUUUUCGUUGCCAUGCUUGUAAUCAGCCAAUAUCAGAUUAUGAGUUCUCUAUGUCUGGGAAUUACCCAUAUCACAAAUCUUGUUACAAGGAGCAUUAUCACCCAAAAUGUGAUGUUUGCAAGCAAUUUAUUCCAACAAAUAUGAAUGGCCUUAUUGAAUAUAGGGCACAUCCUUUCUGGCUACAGAAAUAUUGCCCAUCACAUGAGAUGGAUGGCACUCCAAGAUGCUGCAGUUGUGAAAGAAUGGAGCCAAGAGACACACAAUAUGUGACUUUAGAUGAUGGGCGGAAGCUCUGCCUCGAGUGUCUAGAUUCUGCAAUAAUGGACACUAGCGAGUGCCAAACUCUUUACCUUGACAUCCAGGAGUUUUAUGAAGGUUUAAACAUGAAAGUGGAACAACAGAUACCGUUGCUUCUUGUUGAGAGACAAGCUCUAAAUGAGGCAAUGGAAGGAGAAAAGAAUGGUCAUCAUCACCUUCCAGAAACCAGAGGUCUCUGCCUUUCUGAAGAGCAGACAGUGAGCACGAUUUUAAGGAGGCCGAAGUUUGGAGCUGGAAACAGAGUUAUGGAAAUGGUAACAGAGCCAUAUAGACUCACUCGACGAUGUGAAGUAACUGCCAUUCUUAUACUGUAUGGUCUCCCAAGACUAUUGACAGGGUCAAUCCUUGCCCAUGAGAUGAUGCAUGCGUGGCUUCGGCUUAAAGGUACUUCCCCAGUUAAGAGAUGGAUACCGUACUCUUAGUCAAGAAGUUGAAGAAGGUAUAUGCCAGGUUCUUGCACAUAUGUGGCUGGAUUCAGAGAUCAUGUCAGGGUCAGGCAGUAACAUUGCAUCCACGUCCUCAUCCUCCUCAGCAUCCACAUCAUCGAAGAAGGGUUCUAGAUCUCAGUUUGAGAGGAAACUUGGGGAUUUCUUCAAGCACCAGAUUGAAUCAGAUACUUCAUCAGCAUAUGGAGAUGGAUUCAGAGCUGGGAACCAGGCAGUUCUUCGGUAUGGCCUUAAACCUACACUUGACCACAUCUGGUUGACAAGGAGCUUUCCAUGCUGAAAAAAGUCACAAACAAUGUUUGAUUGUUGCAUGAUUUUCAUUCGGCCCUUGUAUUUAAAUUCUAGGGUUAAAGCGUAUAAAGAAAUUACAGUCUUUAUUCAUCCGCAUAGAAAACUACAGUUUCCAUACCUGUAAGUUGCACUCCCUUAAUCAGUAACUCCUUUAUUGGAACAUUGGAUAUUUAUCCAUAUUGAAUAAGCUGGAUGAUCAAUCCACACCCGAUACAGCUUUCUUGUUUGUUAUGGA